AUGGAAAAACUAUUUUUAAGGUGCAGUUAAACUCUUUAGUUUUAUGAGGAAUAGAACUAAAAAAGAAUGGCUAUAAUUUAUGCAAUAGUCAGCUAAUUCUUUUUUACAGCAAUGUUUUGCUGUGUAUCUAUGCUUAAAGGAGAAUAUUCUUCUUUGUAAAUUGUUAAUAUGAGAAUGAUAACGGGCUUUGUCUUUAAUGCUGCAUUUUGCCAUAUCAAUAAAAUACCAACAUAUGCAGAAAAACCCUCUACUUUCAGGCUCCUAUCGAUUAGAGGAAUAUUAGGAGGCUUGGCAAUGACUUGCGUUUUCACUUGCUUAACUCUUAUGAGCGUAUCUGAUGGAGUAGUUAUGGUCAACACUAAUCCUAUUUGGACUAAUUUCUUAGCUUUCUUUUUUUUGGGUGAACAUCUUUCCAAAAAGGCUCUAGGAUUCUGCCUUAUCUCGUUUAUUGGCAUUGUGCUAGUUAGCAGACCAGCAUCUAUUUUUGGAGAAUCUUCAAAUUCUCAUAGCGAAGCUUAAAAUUAAUUAUUAGGAACUAUAUUUGGUCUCGUUGGUAGUCUAUUUGUUUCUCUAGUAUCGAUUGUUGUCAGAAAGCUUUCCCAUCAACUAAAAUGCAAUGGAGCUAUGCACAUGCAAUAUAACUACUUUAUCAGUGCAUUUUUUACAGCUAUUUUAAUACUUAAUGAUGCCGAAAGACCAUUUAUUUUUACCUUUAGAUUUUUAUACCUAAAUGUUCUACUAUCAUUUUUUGGAUUUAUUGGUUAAUUAUUAAUAUCCAAAGCUUACACUUUAGAAAAAGCUUCAAUAAUAUCUCCCAUGUAGUACUUUUAAGUAGUGCUCUCGUUCCUAUUAGAUAUCUUUGUUUUAAAAAACAGCGUUAGUUUCACUAGUAUAGCUGGAGCUGCUCUCAUAGUAUUAGGCAGCGUUGGUAUAAUUAUGUGA